AUGCACAAGGUGAUUCCCGUCUUCUACCAGGUUACUCCAACAAAUGUGAAAAGACUAAAGGGAGAGUUUGGUGAUAAUUUCAGAGAUAGAGAGUUUGAGUUUGAGUCUGACGAACCUAAGAUUAAGCGAUGGAAAGAGGCGUUGGCGUAUGUCUCCCAUAAGUUUGCCUUGACUUUCGAUGAGAAAAGCGCAUUAGAGAUUGAAUUCGUUAAUAAUAUCGUUAAGGAGGUCUUGAAAAAGCUACAAGAUAUUUACGCAGUGGAAAGAAGCUCAUCCUCUCGUUAA